UCGGCACUGAAGAAAGAAAUAAGAAUGCUAAGAAUAUUCUUGUCCUUGCAAGUGCUUAUUGUUUUAUCCAUCGCUACGAUAUUUUACUUCGGAAAAAUCGACAUUUCCACACUGAGGAUGGAAGCACUAACACUGGCGGAGAAAACACCAAGGUUCUCCUCGGAUGACUUCACCUCAGAGGAGCCUACAAGUUCUACCGCGCCGCCGCCACCUCCCCCUUCAUCCGCUGACCCCGCCGUCAGCUCCUGCGCGUGCAGGCUCUCCUUCUUGAAGCCCGCCGACAUAUACGAGGAACAGCUCGAGGCCUUCGUUUCUUGGGCGAACCUCACUACCAGACAGGCGCUGGAGAAGCAGCAUCCCAACUUCCCUGUCAACCUGGUCAGAAGCCUUGACGAGAAGUGGUGCCAUCUGCUGCCGAUGCCGCACCUGAUACAUUGGGACAAUGUGUACCUCCAGUCUGUGACGGUCUCAGGCACCACUUUCCUGCUCUAUUCGGCCUUCUUUGAUAACCGGGAACUCACGGAUCCGCGACCCUGCAUCCGGAUAGUGACGUACGCGAGAACCAAAUUCCCCGCCGCCCCCUGGUGCCACAUCUGGUUCAACUCUACGGGGCCGCCCGUCGUCUCUCGCGUCGCCAGGACAGAAUUUUUGGACUGGCAACCGAGAACGGAGGGCAGGCAGAUGACCUUCCUGCUCACGUGCCCGAUACCCAGAGCCGAGGGUCACGCGGUGCCCCUGGCCGUGUCGGUCGUCGCCAGGCCUUGCGAGAAAGCAAGCACGUUAUUGCAGGUGACGGGAGCGAUGGAGCGAAACGCGACGACGGCCUUCGAGGGAGGGGAGCCGGCAAGGGGAAAGGAGGGGGUCGGGCGGUGGAGCGUGGCGGUGUGCGGGCCGGCGCUGUACUACUACCACGAGGACUUCUCGGUGCGGAUGGUGGAGUGGCUGGAGAUCCUGCGGGCGCAGGGCUUCGCCAGGGUGUUCCUCUCGGUGACCGACAUCCACCCGAACCUCGAGAGAGUCCUGCGCUAA